AUGAGCUGCUGUGUGCCAGCCUGCUCCUGCUCCAGCUGUGGCUCCUGUGGGGGCUGCAAGGGGGGCUGUGGCUCCUGUGGGGGCUGCAAGGGGGGCUGUGGCUCCUGCGGGGGCUGCAAAUCCAGCUGUUGCAAGCCCUGCUGCUGCCAAUCCAGCUGUUGCAAACCCUGCUGCUGUGAGUCCUGCUGUUGCAAGCCCUGCUGCUGUGAGUCCUGCUGUUGCAAGCCCUGCUGCUGCCAGUCCAGUUGUUGUAAACCCUGCUGCUGCCAGUCCAGCUGUUGCAAGCCCUGCUGCUGUGAGUCCUGCUGUUGCAAGCCCUGCUGCUGCCAGUCCAGCUGUUGCAAACCCUGCUGCGGCCAGUCCAGCUGUUGCAAGCCUUGCUGCUGCCAGUCCAGCUGUUGCAAACCCUGCUGCUGCCAUUCCAGCUGUUGCAAGCCUUGCUGCUGCCAGUCCAGCUGUUGCAAACCCUGCUGCUGUCAGUCCAGCUGUUGCAAACCCUGCUGCUGUCAGUCCAGCUGUUGCAAGCCCUGCUGCUGCCAGUCCAGCUGUUGCAAACCCUGCUGCUGUCAGUCCAGCUGUUGCAAGCCCUGCUGCUGUCAGUCCAGCUGUUGCCAGCCCUGCUGCUGUCGGUCCAGCUGUUGCAAGCCCUGCUGCUGUGAGUCCUGCUGUUGCAAGCCCUGCUGCUGAG